AUGGGUACAUACAGCAAAGCUGUGGUAUGUACUCAUGCUGGGAGACCCAGGUCGAGAGCAACCGGCGCGAGGGCGAGACAACCAUCCCGAGCUAUUAAUUGUCCUGCACAGGUAAACAUUUUAAUUACAUUGGUAUUACGACGAGAUUAUACCAGUGGAGAAUGUUUGGUAUAUGUGAGUUCCCACACAACCAGACACAACCACGCGCUGUCGGAUGGACAGUAUCGCCGACAUCCGAUGAUCCGUCGAAUUACGGACCCGGGUGUGCUUCGGACCGUUCAUACUUUGCAAAAAGCGAAUGUGGAGCCAUCAAAAAUCUUGAAAUAUGUGUGCGAGCACACAGACAAGGAAGUGAGGAUGAAAGAUGUCCACAAUAUGCUGGCUUCGCUUCGAAAGAGUCCUCCACAGCCCCCACCCAGUAGUACUAUACCCCCUGCAGAGACUCCAGUCGCGGUAGCUUCUCAACCACUGACACAGACUUCUACAGCAUCAGAACGACCAGUUUUUUCUAUCAGAAGUGCAUCUCGUCCUGCUCAAGCGAGGGAAGCUCCAACGCAGUAUGGCAAGUUUCUAGCUGCUUUUAAUGUCGGCAAGGAGAUCGCUGAGCUUAUGGCAGAGAUGGAUCCAGAUCGCUUCGCGCAAUGCUUUGCGGAACUUCGUAUGUUCCUGAGGAUUGUCGAAAGCGGACGAGUGCCUGUUGUCACGACACGAGAAGCCUUCGGACAAGCGCAGAACAACGUUAUGACUGGUAUCCCGAAUACUCCAUUUCCACAACAGCAAUCUUUCCAGCUAGCUGCCUCGCAUACUGGAUAUCCGAGUACAUCCGGUGCUGAUAAUGUGGAAGCCAACAGCCUCAUUAGCCCUUCACAACCGUAUUCAUCAGGUCAGUAA